CCAUGCUCGAACUCUCACCAUCUCACCCUCUGUUUCGUCGUUCUGGCCGAUGGACUCAAACCAGCACUGGCUCGCUGAUAGCUUCGUGGUCUGGGGCUUCUGUCUCUUUUACUUGUCGUGCUAGCAGCACGAGUGCGGUGCGCAUUCGAAUGGGUGCUUUGACGCAGCGCAAAGACAGGGAGAAUGGGGGAACACCCAUGAUUGCAUGUAGUGUCUCGGGCGCAGAUGGGCAGCGAUUGGUAUUGACCCGCGAACCACUUUGUGGUGACCCGGUUCUCACGCUGCUCAAGGAGAGCGAUCUGCUACGAGGGGUGUCGAAGGAUGGGACACUGGAUGUGACAAUAACGAUGAUAGAUUGGGCAUCGGUGCUUGAGUUGGAAACAAUCGUGUUCGAGACAGCAGAUGGAGACUUGCCAAUUGUCCCAGCCAGCGACGCCCAAGCGCUGCAGGUCCUGUUCGUUGGAGACUCGAUGCUCUGCGGUUUCACCGACGGUACCAGACAAAUCCCGAACGGAUGCCUAGAUGCAUUUCCCUACCUCUUUUGGCGAGAUCUAAGAAGCUAUCUCAGCUUGAACAUCGCCGUCGACGUCGUCGCAUUACCAGGAGUGACGCUGGUAGACCACCCAGAUGAGCAUGACAAGACUACGGUUGUGAGGGGUAUGGCCCACAAAUUUUUCAAGGCAUUCCCUUGGGAUAACGAUGGACUAGACCAAGUUAUAGACUCGGGCAGGAAACCUUCUGUCAUCGUGAUUGCGCUCGGAACAAACGACGAAGCUAUGGGGGUAUCCGCAGAAGACUUCAUAAACACAAUGCGAGCUUUCGUCACACGACUGCUAGUUACCGAUACGAGCGCCCACCGUGUAAAGCACAUUUGUUUCAUCCAUCCUUUCAAGGACUUCGGUGACGUCCCAGAAACCUCACUUGGACCAAGCUUCCCUAAACUUCUGGAAACACUAUCCCGAGACUUCCAACACGCUCAGAAGGACAUCACCCUCCAUUCAUGGGACACCGGUGCAGUCUUGUUACAGGAGCAUACGAUUGACGGGAUACAUCCUACCGUCGAAGGCCACCGUAUUCUUGGCCAGGAGUUGUCUAGAGUGCUGCUUCCCAUCGUAGCUGGCAUGUCGUACGGUGGUGUAAAGUAGGCUCGGACUCCGAUCAUGGAGGCAGAUGAUGGCCAGUUAGCUGUAGACAUUCCGCACGUUCAUACUUAACCCAUAUAGAUAUGCAGUGUUAUGACUGGCUCCGGACACUUUAAUGAAUACUUACCGUACGGUUGGGUGGAUACUGGUGGAUAUCGCCUGCGGCAACUCGCCACAUUAUUACUCGCCACACCGCACGUCCAUCACCAGCGCCUAAUCGCCGUUGACGUCGAUGACACGGAGAGGUUCCGACGGCUGACACACCACGCACACCGGCGGACACCAACUGACACUGCGUCCAGGAACCUGCCCUUGCGAAGUCAAACAGGCCGAACAUCCGAGUCGAAGCUCAUCGCCUGUCCUUGUGAACUUCUCGUAGGUUUACCGUAAGGAGCAACACCACGCACUGUACCCAUCUAGUUGCGCGUACGACUCUGAUGAAUCUUGGUCGACCCAAAAUAAUAGGAUACGAGAUGAUUUCCUCGAACAUCCAAAACAAAUCCAUACUCGCUCUGACCGACGAGCUGGUCCUGCGAGUCUCCAAAUUCAGUCACGACGUUGACCUAUCCGCAAACGCAGAAUAACAUAGGCAGGCUAUCAGGAAUCUGUACUCGCUGGCUCAGACCUGUCGAAGACUCAGAACGAUUAUACUUCCCGCGAUCUAUUCGACU